AUGAACGAAAAUAACAAGCAAAAAACAAAAAGCCUAAAAUUAAUAUUACAAUAUUUAUUGAAUAAUAAUUUAUUAUUGAAAGGUGUGCAAGGAUUUGUUUCGGAUCAUGAUCAAUAUGUAAUUGCAGAGGAAAAUAUUGCAAUUUUCGAGAAACAACAAUGGAUUGAACAUUCACAAACAGCAGGAAAGACAGAAGCAAAGCCUAUUACUGCUGGAAAGAAAAAGAUGUCGUCAGAUAAAUCAAAAUCCGAUCCAACUUCUCAUCCAGGUUUGUUGAACAAACUGAUCAGGAGCUUUCAAGGCAACAGCUCACUUUCUACAGAUUCACUCCAAGCAUUUAAUAAUAUUCUAUUUCUGGUAAAUUCAAUUCCUCCCUCAGUGAAUAGUGUCAGUAUUUUCGAUAUCAUGUUGAGAAGUUCAAAAUUGGAUUCAGAUUUAUUGCCCUUCCUUGCUCAAGUUAAAAUUCCAAAGAGUGCACUUGGUGGCACUGACUACAAGACAUUUAUUGCAACACUGUCAAAAGUACAAAUGUAUCUGCCCAGUUGGUAUUAUAAUUCUCUAGUUCUUGCAAAGGCCCUUUCAAAUUUCGACUCUAUUCUCUUAUACUGUGCACAGAGAUUUGCUAGGGAAAUUAAGGUCCAGAAAGCCAUUACUGGAGCUUUAAUUUAUCCUGCAAUAAUGACAGUAAUUGGUCUAUUGGGUAUUACAAUGUUAUUGACCAAGAUUUUACCACAGAAUAUUGGUAUUUUUGAAAGUAUGGGUCUUACAGUCCCAUCCUUUUUACAAUUUACAAAUUAUCUCGUAAGAUCUAUUCAAUACCAUUGGUUGGCUCUUAUUUAUAUUAUUCCUUCAACAAUAUCAUCAGAGUAUUUACCUUUCAAAUCAUUCUUGAAAUGGCAAUACAUUCGAAUGCACACCCCUAUUGGAAAUUUAACAUUCUUACAAGAUAAGGCCACGCUCUUGCAUACAUUAUCAUUACUCGAUAAGGAACAAAUCACUUCCAAGCUCUUAAUUGUCUGCUCAAACAUCAGUUCCAACCCAAUUCUUCAACACAUGGUGGAAAGUAUGGCCAGCUUGGCAAAAUAUGGAGCUGGUGCAGAUGAAGUUUUAGCUUACAUGUUAAAGCAAAAGCAUAUAUUUUCACCUUAUGAAAUAGCCUAUCUUCAAGCUUGUUUUAUGAGUGGAAAACAUGUUAUCAUUCAGGAUGGUUUGAAGUAUGUUUCUCAAAUGGUUUUGAAAGAGUAUACCCAAAGACUUCAGACCUUGUUGAAAAUCCUCAAUCCUGCCACCGUAGCUAUUAUUGGUGUAUUGGUCAUUGUUAUUGCAGUACUUGGUAUCUAUCCAAUGAUUGCCUUGACUGGUGCUGUCACUGCUAAUAAGUAA